AUGGAUCCCUUACACCGGUCCAACUCGGAGCGUCGCCCGUCGACCCCCUCCGUUGUCCCCACGCCGGGCUCGCCCCAGGAAAGCAAGCCCGCACCGCAUCCCUCCACCAUCUUCCCUCGCCUCGCGUCCAGUGCCGCGCCUGCUGUGGGCAGCUCGACGCACCAGGCGCCGCCCGCCGCCCUCCGCGCUCUCCUCGUGCCCCUCCGCUCCCGCGGACACGGCGGGUCGAGUCAGCCGCCGCCGAGCGUCUUCUACGCCCACCCACCGAACAUGACGGGAAGGCCGGCGGACGGCGGGCCACGAAGCCCGUCCCCCACGGCGGCCACGGCAGAGUCGAUGGAGCUGGCGGUAGUGCCCUUUGUGCGCGGUAGCCACGACCCGGGCAGCGUGCACCGCAGCCCGCACAGCAACCACGCCAACGCCGCGGCGGGUGCAAAUGGCGACGAGACCGGUGAUGGUAGCGACAACAAUGGAGGCUUCUACCCGCCUGCCGCAGCAGCAGCGUACGGGGAGCUGGCCCCUACGGCCCUCUCUACCGAGCGUGUCUGCCCGAACUGCCUACGUCCCUACGGCUUUUACGGCGAAGACCCGUACGCGGACAUGUACGACCCCGCAGACGCGCUGUACCGCUCCGGCGAUUCCGCCGCGAGCCAGACACGGCAACUCCCCCCACCGCGUGCCCUGACGGCGCCGAACACACCCCAGCAGGACGAACAACAGUCGCAGCAGCAGCAGCAGCGAUCGCCGUUUUUCCUGAGCUCCAGCGCACCCAACGCGGCGGCCUUCGCCAAGGCUCUGGCGGCUGGGCCUGGCGGGGUGGGCGGGGAAGCCGGCGGCACCCCAUCGAAGGCGCCACACAUACGGAACCCCGCAUUGGUGCAUAGUAGCAGUAAUGGUGGUAGCGGCGAGCCGGUCUUCCCCCCGCCUGCGGUGGCCUUCACCACGCACUACUUCCGCGCCCUGCCACCGCCCGCCGUGAUCACCGCCGCCGUCGCCGCAGGGACGGCGCCGCUGGCCAUCGAGGACUUCCACGACCCCGACGCGAGAGGCGACAACGAGGAGGAGGGGGGGCCGCCGCUCUACGCAGCGGUGCUGGCGGGUGGGCAGCCGGGGCGGUCCCUCAGCGGCCACAGCGGGGCCCUCGUCCCGGCACGCCCCACCCCCUCCCGCCGCCUCCGGGGAAGCCCCUCGACCCGUAAAGGGCCCUCCUCGCCGCUGAAGCUGAUGCAGUCCGGGGAAGACGAGGCGAAUGAGCAGAUCUCGCUGCCAGACGACACGGAACGCGAAGCGCCGUUGCGCCUCGACGAUGACGAGGAAGAGAAGGACAGCGACGGAUCGCCGCCGUCGGCGUACUCCUCUAACGCCCCGGGGCCGGAGCCUAACAACGGGUACUACAAGCACUACUUCAAGGAACUGAGGCAGCUCGGCCGCGGCACCUACGGUGGCGUCUACCUCUGCUGUCACCUUAUGUGCGGCGUGAAUCUGGGCGUCUUCGCCCUCAAGAAGAUCCCUGUGGGGGACAAGGCGGGCUAUCUGCAGUCCGUGUUGCGUGAGGUGCGCAUUCUCGAGGAGGUCCGCCGACACCCGAAUGUGGUAGAGUACAAACACAGCUGGGUCGAGGAUGCCCAGCUCGCCGACUUCGGCCCGCCCGUGCGGUGCUUGUUCAUCUUGAUGGAGUACGCCUCGGCCGGCUCGCUCGACGCGUACCUGGAGAAGUACGGCACCCACCUCUCCACCCUCGCGGUGUGGUACUUCUUCUUGAGUGCGGUGGCCGGGACGGCGCACCUGCACCGCAAACACAUCCUCCACCGCGACCUGAAGCCGCAGAAUUUGUUGCUCGCCGAGACGAAAGGGCGGCCGCCGCGGGUGCUGGUCAGCGACUUCGGUACGGCCGCCAUCCUCGACGACAUCUCCUACGAACGGUCUGGCGGUACCGGCACGCUGGAGUACAUGGCGCCGGAGCUGUUCGAGGUGGCCGCCUCCCCGCGUGGCGUCAAUGAGCACUACGUCAACCACCACACCGUCUUCUCGGAUGUGUGGUCGCUCGGGAUCAUUCUGUACUACCUCGCCUUCGAUGCCACCUUGCCGGACCGGCGCAACGACGGCAGCGUGAUUCUCGGCACCCCACGUCAGGCCAGCUACGGGCGACCGCCUGAGAUGAUGAAGCUGAUCGAAGCGAUGCUGCAGCUGGACCCGGCGAAGCGGCCGCGCUGCUCGGACAUUUUAGGCUCCUCGUUUGUGCAGUCCAUCCUGCGCAUGUUUAACCAGGAUGAUCUGACGCAGUGGGAUCUGCUGGCGCAGCAGCAGGAGCGGACGCGCAGAGAGAGUGCCGUGAAGUCGCCGUCGUCGCCGCAGGAUGCGCUGGCGAUGAGUGAUUCGUCGCCGCUCGGAAACGGCCUCGUGGGAGAGAACCAGAACAGCGCGCACGCCUCGCACAAUCGCCCCCGCAUCGCCGUGACGUCCACCACGGCUGCAGCGCUACGACUGCACCCCGGCCGGCCGACGGCAGGCAACGACAGCACCAACCCCGACAACGCAAACCUGUUCAGCAGUCGUGUGGUGGAGCUGCAGUCGACGACGGCGCUGAUUGACCUCGUGUCCACGCGUCCUGCCAGCGGCACCAUCACGGGCGAUGAACCGCAACCGCUGCAGCAACCUCCGUCGCCGUCGUACGGACGAGGACGGCCGGCACGUCGUCUCUCGCUGACACGAGAGCGUCGCGAGACGAGGCCGCUGAGUCAUAGCGGCAUCAGCCGUGGUCUGCGGAGCUCCACGACGGGGUCGAUCAUGUCACCUCCUGCCUCGUCACCCACACGGAGGGUGGACGAAGGCGUGCAGACGGACCCCGUUAAGAUUGUGGAUGCUUAG